CCUAUAGAUUUGUCUUGGGUCAACAACAAAGCUAAAGAAAAUUUAGAACUACAAAUAGUAAAGUCAUGUACAUUUGUACACCUUCACUUUCAAUCGCGACUUGACUAUUAAUGAUCUUUUCUAACCGGAACCUACUCAGCAACUCUUUUCCGAUUAGGACAAUUCAACUACCCUUCUCCAGUUUCUGUGCUUAUCUACUAAACACACAAAACAAAAUAUCCAUAAUUAAGACAAACGAAACGAUGCAGUUUUAAGGUUUACUCUCUCACACAACUCUCUCUGUCUCUCGUGGAAAUGGGUCUAAGCCAAACCGCAGCAGUACUCGUCGCUGUGUUCGCGUUUUGUCUCGUCGCUGUAACGGCACAGCUCGCCUACGUUUUGUGGUGGAAACGAAGGUUUCGUCGUCGGAGUAUCGCCGGUUCAGAACUCGACGUUUUCUCCUCCCGUGGAGGUGAUCCCACGGCUACACCACCGCCGUCCAAAGAGCUUCUUUACUUCUUCCUCUUCUGCCUCGAGAACAAACAGCUCCGAAUAGGCGGUACAGCCACAGCUCCGCCGCUCCCUCCAGCCGCACCGCCGGUUAAUGACGUGACGUCGUCGAAGUGGUCAACGGGAGAAAAUAUACUUAGCGGACCUUCGGAGUCUCUGUUUACCAUCGCUGAAGACUGUACGAGCGAGUCCGAUCAUCGGACGGUUGAAACUGAAGCACGUGGAAACAUCUCUACGGAGGAUCUUGCGAAGGAGGAUGAAGUGGUAGAGGAGAUUAUCCUGACGGAUGGAAGCGACGACGAGGUUGACUUUAGCGACUAUAAUCACGACGGAACGACACCGUUUUCAACUCCUUGCGCUUCGCCGCCGUUUUACACGCCGUCGCCUUCUCCUAUCCGUGAUGAUCUCUCUAAGACGAUACGUGAGGAGAUUUUGUACGGCUGAGAUAGGUUUGAUCUCUUUCUCUCUUUCUUCGAUUAGCAAAACAUUGACCCGGUCAAAGAUACGGUGUCAAUACUCAAUACGGUUUGUUUGGUUUCGUAAUGAGUAUUCAACCAAAUUUUAAACCGAACCGAAAUCUUAUUGUAAAUCUGUAACAAAUGGAUUUACCGAUUUAGGAUAUUUUGGUUAUGUUC